AUGGGAAACUAUUGUUCGUCGAAACAAAAGGACGGCGGAGGCGGUUCCGACGAGUACUUGAAAAAAGCUCGUUACAAAAAAAAUCAAAGGAAAGCUGACAAGGCAACCAACGUGAUAUCUGUACCUAAAAAGGACAAAAGACACCUCGCGGUAUCUGCCGUAAGUACAACGACCGCGACCAAUAGCAGUAAAGCGGCCGUGGCGUCCAACUGCAACGUCGGCGGGGUAACUUUUAUAAUUCCGAGAAUUGAACAACCCGAUGACCAGUCAACUGCGGCAACAAUCGUCUGCAAGCCCUUCGAACCGAACAACAUAUCCUCCUCCAUAGUAGAAAAAACCCCGGAAAAAUGUUUUGCAUAUAUCCUGCCGGAUGAAUUGAAAAGCGUUUCGACCGAGACGAAGAAAUUACUGCUUGGUGUUUUUGAACCAACAGCAAAUCAGAAGACAAACAAAAUUAUCAUUUACAUCUGUGUACCGGACAAUAAAGGAUUUCCGGACGAAAGACAAAGCCUGUACAAAACUGUGCUACCGGAAAUCCGGUCGAAAUGCACGAAAAUUGGUUACGAACUGCACGUGGUAGACCUGUACUGCGACCACCAGCAACAGCAAGAAUACGGACAGCUGGACACGGCUGUCCGGCUGACGGAACUGCGCCGGCAGAACCGCGUUGGUCACGUCGUGCCAAUUGUGUUCGUGGACGACUCGCUGGGUCCACCGGUCCUGCCCCACGUGAUGACCAGACAAGAUUUCGAUCUGGCCAGGAGCAAAAUGCCGGGCGCCAGCAAGCUGAUCGAAAAAUGGUACACGCUAGAUUCACAGAAAAACCACUACGAGCUCCGGAACGAGAUGAUGUUCGAAACGACGUUCGAGACACAGGAAGCUGACGAAAAAUUAUGGCAUGAUGAGAAAGUACAGCUGCAAAUCGCACUCAUGAAGGCGUUCGAUUCAAAGUCGUUGCGGAGCGGUUACGUCGAACAAGUUUUUCAACAGGAAGUCCGUAAUGAGAUCAUAUUAAACUCCGAGUUGGCUAAAAGGUCGGUGUGGAUUCUCAACAAUUAUGACGUGGUUUCCGGUCACAAGUGUAAAACCACUGCUGUGGAAACUAAGAAGAGACUCGAACAACUCAGUAAACAUUUGAAGAACGAAUUGCCGGAAACCAAUAUCAUAUUUUACGAGACCGCCAACGUGCCGGAAUUUUUAAAGAAAAUAGGAUCCACACUAACGACUAUUGUCGAAUCUGUAGAAAAGGAAAGGGAAAAACAAGAGCCUACGUACGGUGUGAGCUGGCUACUGUUGGAAGAGCUGAGGAUUCAAGCUUGGUUCGGGUACAACGCGGCCAAACGGGCUGUUCGCCGGGACGAUGCCAUGGAACGUGCCAAAAAAUAUUUCAUGGACGCGGAUGCAGGGUACCCGUUGAUACUAUACGGGCCUUCAGGGUCAGGCAAGACCACGGUGAUGGCGGCCAUAACGAAACACUGUCACCUGUGGAAUCAGGAUUCAGCGUUGGUGGUGAGAUUCGCCAACGCGUCCGCUUACAGCUCAUCGCUGGAGCAAACGCUUCACUCGCUGGUUGUCCAAUUGAAUCUCUUGGACAGCGGAAAAUGUAUUUGGUUCAAGCACGACGUACAACUGUACUCGGAACAAAUUAUACGGCUGUUGGGUUCGAUUGGAUCUAAACGGCCGGUAACGUUGAUCGUCGAUGGAGUCGACCGAUUCGAGAACAAUUUAGUGGAUUGGAUACCUCAGUCGCUGCCCAACAACGUCAAGAUCGUAGUGUCAGCCUCAGAGCCUUCAGCGCAUCUAAACCGAUUGCGUCAGAACAUAAAAACGCCGGAUUCGUAUAUACGGAUCGCGAACAUGACAGAUGAACAAAUCGACUCCUUAUUAUCGGCGGCGAUCAUCCGACCGAUCGGUGGUGGCGGUGGCGAAACGAACAAAACCGACAGCAAACUGGUGGCCGCCAAAACACCGUUGGAAAUUCAAGUGAGCUUGUUGUGUUCUAAGAUACGAAAGUCGAAACAACCACCUUCAUCGGAAAAGUGGGUGGAAGCUAUUUUCGACAACGUCGAAUCGCAUCUCGGCAAAGACAAGGUAUCCUCUGUGAUUGGACACAUGUGUGCCACCCGAUACGGUUUACUCGAUUCGGAAAUGGUCGAAUUACUAUCUUCAGAGAACGAAUUUCGCGUUCCGGACCUUUCCGCAGCUGUGAUUUCGCCUCCGGCCGGUCUCUUCUGGGCAAUGUUCAACGAGCUGAUGUCAUCGUUUAUGUACUGGUUCAAAACGGAUCGGUACGCAACGGUCCGGUGGAAGAACGCCGUAGUUGCCGAAGCUGCUGGUCGACGCUAUAGCGAGUCCAUUCGGCGCAUCAAUAAGAAAAUGAUUUCGUACUACAAUGACCAGGUGGUAGCGGUGGCGGAGGAUGACAGUGGCAAGAAGAGCUUGCCGAAACGUAGGAAAUUGGACGAGUGCACUCACCUGACGGACCGGGCCGAGACGAUCAAAGAAUUUUUCAGCGACCUCGAUUGGAUUUUGGAGAAACUUAAUAAUGGAUCGGUGCUACAGUUACUAGACGAACUUUCGGCGCACGCCCAAGACCCGCAAGCGCGAUUCAUCAGAGACUUCCUGUCGUCCGCUAUGCCAGCCGUGAUGGACAACGGCAAUCAGCUGUUCUCACAAAUGUCGCUGUACCAACCGGCGGCUGACCGGUACCGGGCUCUGAUGGAAGCGCCUCCAUUCCCGACUCUGAUGCCACUAGUUCUGACGGAAGCUGCGGCCGCGGCAUCGCAGUUGUCAGAAUCCGCCUCUCAGCUGUCGGAUGGUGCCGGCAAGUUCGACUUGGUCAAACGGUUCAACGACGACGCGAAUUACGUGAUCACCGUCAGUACCGGGCGGAAAGAAAUAAGCGUGUGGGACGUACACACCUGUAUGAGAGUGCGCACGCUCAAGGGAAUCCUCCAUCCGACCGCGCUGAAACUGAUCGACAACCAGCGUUGCAUAGUAUUGUGCGAGCGAAAACUGAUAGUCAUCAACUUGGCGACCGGAAAAGUGAUCAGCAAACUCAAAGGGGUGAUGAAUCAAAACAUGCCUUACUUCGGUUUGCACAGUUCCUCGAAAAUUGUGGCGUUGGCUAGGAGCCGGAUGCACGUGAACCUGAUCGACAUCGAAACGGGUACGAUCGAGGCGUACUUUAAAGCCGGCGAAGACAGAUUCCUGAACUCACUGCUGGUGUCUGGAAACGGGAGAGUCAUGGUGUGCGGCGACGAAACGCAAAAACCUUUUCCACUGCUCGUGUGGAACUUGACUUCAAGACAGUUGAUGUACGACUUGCGCAUACCGUUCCACGAAUUCGUCACGCGACUCGCGGCCAUUACUUACGAAGGUCACUACGUAUGCUGCGUCGCUCAAGAAGUAGAUGAGCCCGGGCCUAACUUCAUAGUGGUGUACGACCUGCAGUCGGGCACGCUGUUCAAAAAGUGGAAGCCUGGCAUGAACUGCGUGGCGCUAGACAUAUCGUCCAAGGACGGGUGCGUCCUGAGUGGCCACGAGAACGGCCACAUAUGCAUCUGGGACCUGACCACCGGUAACUGUCGGUGGACGCUGAGUGGCCACGUGGCGCCAGUCACCAGCCUCCGACUGGACCCGGCCGGUGGUUCUUUCGUGUCACUGGACACGCAUGCCCGAGACCGGACGAUCAAACUUUGGAACGUCACCACCGGCCAACUCGUCUCGGAGUUCACCCCGGUCAAUCCUAUAACGGCGUUCGAAAUACUGCCGGGCGGCGAGUUCGUGGUCGUGGCGUCUUUGGGGUCCGCGCACCCGACGGUCCUGCAGCUCCGCGGGCCACAGCAGUCUGCCAAUGAGCAAACUACGACGACGACUACUUACGGCGGCGAAACGACGCUCGAAGUAGACUUGUCGUUGGACUUCCGAGACGACGCGGCUGCGGCCUCGGCCCCAGCACCGGUCCCGACUUCCGCCGCCGUGUCUAGAUGA